CGCUCGUCGAGCAGAAUGAACGAGCCCAAGGGGGUUAGCUGCUGAAGCUCGCAAGAUGUGCGUGAGCGAUGAUCUGCAUUCAACAGUCGGAUGAGAAUACUUGGCUGGGAGUGCCAUAAGUUUCCUUUCAUCUUCACCGACAUCCGCUAUCAUGUCGACGACCAAGCCAUUCGACGAAAUAGAUACGCCCAAGUCGACCCAGGUAAAGUUCUUGGACAGAGAACGCGAUACUACAGACAAGCGCUGGAGCGUUAUAUUCAUUGUUAUACUCGCUAUUUGGAUAGGAUCUUGCGGAUAUGUUAUGUACACUAGGAUUGAAUCGGAAUUCCCGAAUGCAACGGCUGCGGAAACUGUCUUCGAGGAGCCUUCCAAUACGACAAGCUGGAUUGUCAAUAUGCUCUUACUCAACAUGAACAACAUCGAUAAAUAUUACAAGGACAGCGGUACGAUCGUGAUCUGGACGAGUGUCUUCCUCUAUAAUUUGUGUUUGAUAUGGACGAUCACGGGCAUCAGUUUCGAUCCGAAACUGUACCCUCAUCUGAUAAUAAGCUGCGCAUGCUGUCUCUUGACUUCCCUAGUCUAUCGCACCGCAAUGUACUUUUUACAUCAGGGCACGGACUUUCAGACUUACUACGAGAAAUUUCGCUUCUGGGUCGGACCAGAAAUCAUUUACGCACUGAUAUGCCUGUCGAAUUUUGUGAUUAUGCUGAGAAUACAAGCUUCCACUUGCAACAUCUUGAAGAAGUUAUCAAGAGUAUACUUUACCUUUCGCUACCUGAUAUUAAUCGGAUUGCUCGACUUGGGAAUACUUGGAUGUCUUCUGUCCUUUACCUGUGAUAUACUGGGCCAAGUCGACCUGCACAAUUUUUUAUUUUACAUAAUCCUUGGCGGAAGCAUAUACAUGAUAUCCUGGAUAGACUUUUUCGUGAAGAUGGCCAUCUCCACGGUGAUUGCAAGCUUCAAAUUGGAUCAGAACGAAGAGAGAUGACGGGUCGUCGUGAUACUUCGAGCCGUAUUCGUGGUGUGCAGGUAUCACCUCGGGACCGUGAGCUUUUACGCGGUUCCGCUGUGGCCGCUCUACGUGACGUCGUCGGCAGUGCGAAGAUCGCGAUCGAAGAUCAAUCCGCUGCUCCCGGAUAGUCGUCCUCGAUUCACCAGUUACAUCCAGAAGUAUUCCUUCAUCGCGACAGCCGUGCUAGGCUUGAAUUACGAAAAAGCCAUCAAAAAGAUACCUGAUUAUUGUAGCAAUAGCGUGCAGUGGCCGGUCAAAGACUUGACAGUGAGUUCUCUCGUGCGCCACCACCUCUCUGUAUCUUCCGCUGACCGCUUAUCGACAACUCUCUCUCUCUCUCUCUUUCUCUCUCUCUCUCUCUCUCUCCUUCUUUUUCAGCUAUUUUUUAAGAUAUGGGUCUACACGGCACUCAUUCUAAUGACCACCAACAGUCUCAUGAUAAUACUGCUGUGGGCGUACAACGCACACGACUCGCUCUUCUCGCUGAUAGCCUGGGCAUCCUACAUACGGAUAACCAUUAUUCUCCUGGGGGUCUUGAUGGUCAUGGACACCGUCAUAUUUUCUCUUUGCUUCUGUCAGAUGGUUAAGGAUUACGACCUGACCAAGGACACGGCCGACGAGCUCAGCCGUCCGCACAGUCCGCUCGAGCACAUACAUCAAGUCAGCAUUACCCUGCCGCCGAAAACUCAGUCCGACGAGCAAAUCGACUCGAUAUAAAGAUAUAUCAAUGGAAAAACAAACAAUUAUGUGUGUAAACUUUGGGAUUUUGUAAAUAUGUUACAUAAUUUUUUAAGUAAGCGGGUACAUAUAUAUGUCUUUGGCAACCAAAGUUAAUAAAUUGACAUUCUGCGUUCAGGAAGUUGGACCAUUGCUUCCAAUUUAUU